CGUUUAACCCGAGCUGCUAACAGACAGUGACAGCGCCGUACUCAUGUUGUAGUAGUGUCGGUAGCUGUAGCUUGUGAAAGGCACAGUGGUCGCAGGAAGCUGCGGCUCGUCUCUCAGCCGAUAAUGGAGCACAUCCGACUGCCAAAGGUGGAGAAUGUCAGGCUGCUCGACAGAGUCUCCCCCAGGAGGAGCAGGGUGGGCACCCUCUACCUGACAGCCACGCACUCCAUCUUUGUAGAGAAUGAGGCAGGAGUGCGCAAUGAAACAUGGGUGCUUCACAGCUUGGUGUGCAGUGUGGAGAAACAGGCUGCCGCGGCCUCAGGAUGUGCUCUGCUCAUCCACUGUAAGAACUUCCAGGUUCUUCAUUUUGUCAUUCCUCGAGAGCGGGAAUGCCAUGAUGUUCACCUGUCCCUGCAGCGUCUGUCCCAGCCAGAGAGUUAUGCGGAGCUGUACUGCUUCUCCUAUAAGCCUAAUGUUGAUGAGGAGGAGAGACAGCAGGAAUGGGACUUCUUGGACGCCAAGGCUGAUUACAGCAGAAUGGGACUCCCAAACUCCCUGUGGAAACUCUCCUCGGUCAACCGACACUACAAGGUGAGUGACACUUACCCCGCUGAGCUCUUCGUACCCGAGUCUGCCACACCUCCAGUCAUCGUGGGGAGCUCCAAGUUCAGAAGCAGGGGCAGAUUUCCCACUCUGUCCUACUACUCCAAAGAAAAUCAUGCUGCCAUCUGCCGCAGCAGCCAGCCCCUGUCAGGUUUCAGCGCUCGCUGCCUGGAGGAUGAACAGAUGCUGGAGGCCAUCCUGAGGUCCAAUCCCUGCAGCGACUUCAUGUAUGUGGUGGACACCCGGCCUAAGCUGAACGCCAUUGCAAACCGGGCCGCAGGAAAAGGCUACGAAAAUGAGGACAACUACUCCAACAUUAAAUUCCAGUUCAUCGGCAUCGAGAACAUCCAUGUCAUGAGAAACAGCCAACAAAAAAUGCUAGAAGUGUGUGAGCUGCGUUCCCCCUCCAUGUCCGACUUCCUGGAGGGUCUGGAGAGCUCAGGCUGGCUGAAGCACAUCAAAGCUGUUUUGGAUGCAGGCAUCUUCAUCGCCAAGGCCGUUGCGGAGGAGGGUGUCAGCGUCCUGGUUCACUGUUCAGACGGUUGGGACCGUACGGCCCAGGUGUGUUCAGUGGCUUGUGUGCUGCUGGAUCCCUACUACAGGACCCUCAGAGGACUCAUGGUUCUCAUUGAGAGAGACUGGGUCUCAUUUGGACACAAGUUCUCUCACAGAUGCAACCACCUGGUCGGAGACCCUAAGGAGGUGUCUCCCGUCGUCGAUCAGUUCCUGGAGUGCGUGUGGCAGCUGAUGGAGCAGUUCCCCUGUGCCUUUGAGUUCAAUGAGAGGUUCCUCAUCACCAUUCACAGCCACAUCUACUCCUGCCAGUAUGGAAACUUCAUUGGCAACAACCAGCGGGAGAGGACAGAGCUGGGAGUGCACGAGAAGACUCACUCUUUGUGGAGUUAUCUUUGGACUAACCGCGCAGACUACAUCAACCCUCUGUACAGGCCAGACCACAGCCAGACUCAGGGGCUCCUCCGGGCGUCUACUGCCCCCUACUGCUUUAAAUUCUGGAGAGGCCUGUACAACCGUUUUGACCGAGGAAUGCAUCCGCGACAGUCCGUAGAGGAUUACCUGAGGGCCAUCCAAGAAGAGACGCAGCAGCUGGAGGAGCAGCUGGCCUCACACAAACAGAAAAUUGCUCAGCUGGAGCAGGAGCAGGAAUGGAGUGUCACCCAGAAAACAGCCACCUUUGAUAAGAGCCCCACAGCGUGGGCUCUCAGCAAUGACCUCACUGCAGCCAACACCCCUCAGGACUACACUGGGGGCUUCAUCACCAGCAGCCCCUGUCGGCCAAAAGCGCCCGACGGCAGCCUGAUCCUCCCGCCCCAUGACUUGACCCAGACAUCCGAAGCCAGCCUCUCCAACGGCAGCGACCAGGAGUCAGGGAUCGCCGACCUGAGCUGUCGCUCACCUCUGAGUGAGGACAGCACCAGGGAUCCAGACUCAGAUGAGGCUGCCUACUCUGCUGCCUGAGCAAAUGUAGCAUGUGGUGGAAGCCACAGCAGCUUCACAGCCACUGAACAAACACUACCUUUACAUUCACUAAGUAACCGGGCUAUUGGCUAACCUUUAGUGAAAAGUCUUUGCUCGGGUUACACAGUUAACUUGCACUUUUGUUUGCAUGUUGUGUGAUGGACUCUCGCCGUUGCCACAUACAUACUAGUUAAAAGUUGCGUGCUAUAGCUGACUACAUUUUACUUCUUAGCUCAGUGAAAGAAACACUGAAAGUAAUAGCAAAGCUGAAUAUAGUCAUGUCUGUUGUUUGACAGCAGAAUUAAACCAUACUUCUGUGAACACGUGACCGUGAUGCUUCCGCGGCCACCGAAACAGUUUAAUAUUGAAGUGAUCUCAACAGAAACUUGAGUUAAACAUUUCAGAACAGUUCAAUGUAGAGGUAAACUGAGUGUGUAAGUAUGAGCACUUUUUACUAUGGUCUUCCAUACACUCCCAUUUAUUCAUUAGGCAUUUACCUUUACAGUGUAGACACUUUCUGAAAAAAGGAAAACACUCCUGCAAUUGUGGAUCACAUCAGGUUUAUUAACAACUAGAAAAACAUUGACAGGUCUUUUUUUGUAAAUGAACUGGCAAACAGGACUUCACUAUCGAAUUUUUAAAGCAACCAGAAUCACGUAACAGGGCUCCAGUGAGACCAAAUCAUCAUUUUAACGGCUGCUAAAUCAUUUAAUAAAGGAAGAAAUUAGGACAGAAUCAAACAGAUCAAAAAGCGACACAAAGUAGAACAAAAGACAAACUGCAGGGAUAAAAACAGCAGACUCAAGGAUUUAACAGAUGUGUACAGAAUAUAAUCUGCUGUCACAUUGUACUAAGAGAAUGAUUCAUCGUUGUAGCAGUGUUAGCAAAGAUUUAUCUCCUUAUGUCCUUUUCCCACAAAUGUUUUGAUAACUUUGUCUAACACCUGUUUUAAAUGCUGUCGCACCUUAUGGUCACUGCUACUCACAGGCAAGAUUUCGGUCUGGCCUGGCAGAGGAGCACUAAUCCUGUUCGACACAAAUUUAGUUCACAUGGCAGUGUAGCAGUGUUUCAGUCCCAAAGGACAUGUUACAAACCAAACUCACCCGGCACACCACAGUGACCUCAGCUGGGUUUUGGAGUCAUUACACUACAAUAACCAGUGCUUUAUUGUGGUUGAUUGGCCAUUUAUGGUCCACACCUGGGUAUUUCAAAUUAAUGCACAAUACCACAUGAUAUUAACUUGACAGGACAUAAAAAAUAAGCUUUGAAUUUUUACUCAAGACAAGGAAACUUUAUACGUGUCGACAAUAUUUAAACACUAGAUUUAUUGUGACCAAACCAAAAUUUAUUUGCCAAAGGGAAUCAGCUGUCUACUUGUGUAAACAGUGCACAGAGUAAAUGAUAAAACUACUGAACCAGCAGACGAGAGCAUGUGAACACAAAUAUUCUGCUGUUUAAGGAAGCAGAUUAUCGACUGACUUUUUGAAUAUUUGUGUAAUCUAUCUUUACUGUAAAAUUAGCAUUAAAAUGUCUCACUGUAAUAGUGUAGUACACAUUACUGUAGAUGCACUUCAAUACCGCAGAUGAACAAUGUACAGAUAAUCAAGCAAAGCAUGUUAAGAUAUUUUUGUACUUUGACCUAUUUUUUCUUUCUUUUUUUUUGACUAGUGUAAUCCUGCUUUGAUGCAUGUUGUUUUUAUUUGUAUCAGAGGAAUUUUGACCUUGUAUAAAAGAAAGAGCUUUAUAUUGCUGCGUUUAUUUGUUCAAGUGGAAAAAAAAGCCAAAUUUGUCAAGCAGACCUAAAUGCAAAGUUGUGUCA